AUGGGGGAAGACAAAUUAUUCAAAACAAGUUCAGCGCCAGGCUCUGAUUUCCGACAAAUAAGUAUAGAUCGAGGGCGUGCGUCUGAAUUAAUUGUAUUUCCAACAAAUUACAUAACAACCGCAAAAUAUACAAUUCUAACACUUCUACCAAAAAACUUAUUUGAGCAAUUUCAUAGAAUUGCAAAUAUCUGAUUCUUAAUUGUUUCGAUACUUCAACUUUAGGUAAGAUCAUUAUUUUCAUUUUUAAUUGAAAUUUUAUUGCAAAUUAUAUAUAAAAUUUAUCAGAAAGAGACCGUGAAAAUCUUAUUUUAGUAUAAAAAUUACUUAAACCACAACUUUUGCCGCUUGAUCUCUCUCCUACUUCAAAUUGAGCUACAAUUGCCCCUUUAUCAUUAGUCCUUACUGUGACUCUAUUCAAAGAUGUGUAUUUGGACUGAUGCCGGCACAAAAUGGAUCGAAAAAUCAACAAUAAAAUAGUUAACAUUUGAGAUGAAAAUCAAGGAAAGUUUAUUGAAAUCAAAUGAAAAGACUUAGAAGUAGGGAAUGUGGUGCUAUUAACUGAAGAAAACUGCCAAGUCCCUGCAGAUAUAAUGCUUCUAACUUCAAGUCACCAGGAAAAGCUGGUUUAUAUCGAAACUAGUAGCUUAGAUGGAGAAAGCAAUUUAAAAAUUAGAAACUGUGUCUAUGAAAUUGCCAGUAUAUUCGAAAACGAAUCCCCAGACUCAGCUAUUAAAAAAUUAUAUCAUCUAGAUGAAGGCGUACUUAGAACUGAGCAGCCUAAUAACCGACUUCAUGCUUUUGACGGCUCAUUAAAGCUAAAAGGUCACCCACGAGCAAUCCCAAUUGACAUAAAUCAAAUGGUUUUACGAGGCAGUAGUAUAAGAAACACCCGCUGGGUACUUGGACUCGUCGUUUUUUCCGGCUCAGAUUCCAAACUGAUGCGAAAUUCUAAAACUCCUCCUCACAAAAGAAGUAAUAUGGAACGAAAAGUCAACAAAUACCUUGCAGUGGUGUUUUCUUUAUUAUUCUUAAUGGUAUUUAUCAGCACUAGCAUAUCAUUAUCUUACUAUUAUUCAAACAAAACAGCUGUUGAGUAUUUUUCAGGCACCACCGUUGACAACCAGCCUUUAAUUAUUUUCACUUUUUUGAUUUUAUAUAAUAGCUUGGUGCCUAUUUCUUUAUAUGUGACUAUGGAUUGUGUAAGAAUUAUCCAAGCUCAGUUUAUUAGAUGGGACUUAGAGAUGUUUAAUGAGAAAAUGAACCAGCCUACAAUUGUGAAAACUAUAGAUUUAAACGAAGACUUAGGACAGAUUGAGUAUAUAUUUACAGAUAAAACCGGGACUUUGACUGAAAAUCAAAUGGAGUUUAAAAAAUGCUAUAUUGGAGAGAAAUCAUAUGGAUUUCUUGAGCCUCAGCAUAGCACAAGACAAACUCAACUAUAUCAUCAUAAAAAAUUUAAAUUUGAUGACCCGCAGCUAUGGGAAGAUUUACAAGGAGAAGGUAAAGCAGAAAUUUCAGCCUUUUUUGAAGGUCUUGCACUAUGCCAUACUGUAAUAGUAGACCAUAAAGAAGAUGAAACUGUAUAUCAAGCUGCUUCUCCAGACGAGGAAGCUCUAGUAAUCGCCGCUCAUUGCUUCGGAUUUUCUUUUAUUUCGAGCAAAAACAAAAUUUACACCUUAAAGAUAAAUAAUGAGUGCAUGGACUACAAAGUCUUAGGAAUAAAUGAAUUUACAUCAGACAGAAAAAGAAUGUCAAUUGUGGUAGUUCCUUUAAGUGAUAGAUCUAGAAAGCCAUUUUUAAUUUGCAAAGGAGCUGACAACGUUAUGCUUGAGCGCUGCUUAGGAACUUCAAAUGAAAUUGAAAAGCUGACAGUAAACUCUUACGAAUUUUCUGUGUCUGGGCUUAGAAUUAUGGUUCUUGCAAAAAAAGAAUUGUCAGACGAAGAAACCCAAGCAUACGAAAAAGGGUAUAAUGAUGCUAUGCAUGCCUUAAAUGACAAAGACAAAAGACUUGCAGAUCUCGCUGAAGAGCUUGAGCAAGACAUGCAAAUUGUAGGGGUCACUGCAAUUGAAGAUAAAAUCCAAGAAAAUGUCCCGUCAACUAUAGCAACACUUAUUGAUGCUGGAAUAAAAAUAUGGGUAUUAACAGGUGACAAACAAGAAACUGCUAUAAAUAUUGGCUAUUCAUGCAAAUUAAUUAAAUCAAAUAUGAAUCUUAUCAAAGUCAAUGCAAAAUCAUUAGAUGAGACGAGAAAUAUCCUAAGAGGAAACUUAACAAAGCAUAUAAGUGGGCACGAGUUUAGGAGACAAACAAGCGUAUUAGAUCAAAUAAGGUACAUUGGUAAUAACAAUACUCCUGGGAAUACUGUGAUUGGCGACAAAAUGAUGCCUAGAUAUCAAUUUGUGAAGCAUGAUACUGAUCUUCUUGAUGGAGAUAUCAAAGUAAAAAAUCCUCAUUUAUUGAAUCAAGCCCUAAUAGUUGAUGGGCUAACUUUAAGCUUUAUUUUGUCUGAUUCGGUAUGCCUAAGGCUUUUUGUAAUUUUAAGUACUUUGUGCAAGUCAGUUCUGUGCUGCCGUGUAUCGCCUUUGCAAAAAUCGGAAAUUUUAAAAAUUAUUAAAAAUCACCUAGUGUUCAAGCCUAUGACACUAGCAAUUGGGGACGGAGCUAAUGAUGUAUCAAUGAUACAAGAAGCUCAUGUAGGAAUAGGAAUCGUAGGCAGAGAAGGUAUGCAAGCUGUAAACUCCAGCGAUUAUGCUAUAGCAAGAUUUCAAUAUUUAUUACCUUUACUAUUGAAACAUGGUAGAAACAACUAUGGAAGACUCGCAAAGGUUAUUUUAUAUUCAUUUUAUAAAAAUUUUAUGCUAGUGCUACCUUUAUUUUAUUUCAGUUUCCUUAAUCAGUAUUCCGGAACUACCCUUUAUGACUCUUAUCUUCAAGUGUUUUUUAACGUGAUUUUUACAUCACUUCCUAUAGUAGUUGUAGGGAGCAUGAACAAAGAUAUAGAAAGUAGAGUGGUAAUGGCAAAUCCUUUUGCUUAUAUUCCUGGGAUUUUUAAUAAAAAAUUCAACCUUGUGAUUUUUAUUAGAUGAAGCUUUUUUGCGAUACUUCAUACACUUUUGAUAUUUAUUCUUUUGAGAGGGGCUGAUUCGUUUACUAUGGAUUCACAUGGAAUGAUGAGUGGGCUUGAUUUAUUUGGGACAGCAGGAUUUUUUGCAAUUAUUAUAACAGUGACGUAUGUUGUUUUUCUUGAAAUGAGAGAUUGGACAUGAAUUUUUGUUUUAAUAGCAAGUCUUAGUUUACUGUUAUUUUAUCCGUUUGUAUUUUUGUAUGAUGUCUCAGCGUUUCCUACAAACAAUCUUGUGGGAGUUCCAUCGAGGCUAUAUAAAGUUGCUCAUUGGUUUUUUUAUAUAACUUUAGUCCCGCUUGGCUGUUUUAUUAUAAACCUCUCCUAUUUUUUUACACGAGUUUUGUGGUAUCCUACUAUAUCAGAUCUGCUGAUAAAAACUUCACAGAUAGCUCCUGAAGAAAGAUAUGCAGAAAAUGAGCCAUCACAACAAAAAAAUAAUUUUCGCUUAGAAGAAUACUGCAAUGCCUUAAACAAAGUCUUCAUCAACAAAAAUUUCAAAAACCUCACCAACCAAGAUGAAGACAGUGACUUUUAUGCAAUGAACUCUAUCACUCUUGCAUUUAAAAACCCCUACGUUGAGAACAGUUAUAAACAAAGCAUGCUUGACAAACAAGUAAGAUUCACUAGAUGAAUGAUCAAAAUAAUUUUUGUGCUAUACUCCAUAUACUGCAUCGCUGACUUAUCAUCAAAUUCCUAUGGCGAUGCUUAUAUAGCAUUUAGAUGCAUCAUGAUAGGUGUCGUUUUCAGCUUGUCUUUCUUUGCAUCAUCCCAAAUCUUUAAAAAACACUACGAAUUAUUUAUGGUAAUAAUCAUCUUCUGUGCCUUGCUUAUCAAAUUUAUUUUUGAAACAAUUGCAAUGAAUGACGCAUCUAUGAGUACUGCAAUUGUGCCAAUUGCGGUUUUUAUUUUGUUUAACGUGAGCAACUAUAAAAUGUUUAUAAUUAAUCUGCUAUUUCUGGUGAUGUAUUUGAUUAGAAUCACGAUAUGGUAUGGUGGUCAUUCUUCUCAAGCAGAAGCCACAAUUAUUAUAACAAAUUACAUUGCAUUAUUAUCUGGAAUAUUUUUAAUAAGUGCUUAUGUUGGCUAUAAAAUCGAAAAAUUCAAUAGAAUUUCAUUUAUUCUUGACAAAAAACUUCAAUUUCAAUUCCAAAAAGGCCAAGAUAUAUUAGGCAAUCUCUUGCCAGGGUUUGUAAAGGACAGAGUUAAACAAGGAGUAAGAUAUAUAGCUGAAGAGCAAGCUCAAAUCACAUGCUUAUUUUGUGAUAUUUAUGAUUUCGAUACAAUUUGUGCAAUACAUACACCAAAUGAACUUCUUGAACUAUUGGAUAAAUUUUUCGCUAUGCUAGAUGCUCUUUGUGAUAAGCAUGGAGUCACUAAAAUUGAGACGGUAAAUAAAACCUAUAUGAUUUGUGGAGGAUUAAAAGAUAGUGAAGCUCAUCUUCCGAAAAAACAAUUAAGGAGAAACCACGCAGAAAGGUGUCUUGAUAUUGCUUUACACAUAAUAAAAAAACUUGAACCAGUUUAUAUCAAAAAUGGGCACAAGCUACAAGUAAAAAUUGGAAUCAAUUCAGGUCCUGUAAUUGCUGGAGUCGUUGGUGAGCAUAAGCCACAAUUUUCCCUUGUAGGCGACACUAUUAAUACAGCUGCUAGAAUGUGCGGAACUAUAAAAGUCCCUGAUAGAAUUCAGAUAUCAGAAGACACUUAUAAUUUAUUGAACAAUCACAACGAAUACAUCUUCUUGCCAAAUAAGGUUGAAGCCAAAGGUAAAGGCAUUAUGGAUACUUUUCUGGUUGAGUCCGCAAAAGGACGAAAGCAGCCAAGGAUGCUUGGAGAAGGAGGCAUCCGUAUCCCAAUAAAUGAUUUGUCAGGCGAAGAGUCGUUCUAUGGCAUUUCUGAUAGCGUUUUAGAAAAAAGCUCUGAGCCGCUUAUGCAGGAUAUUAUUAGAGGGACAACAAUAUUAAAUUUUGAAGAAGAAAGAGUCCAAGAAGGUGAAAAGUUUGAUUGGAGUAAGCUAAGAAAAGUGCAUGGGGAUGAAGAUAAUGAUUUAGAGCUUGCUGGACCUAUGCAUUGACUGAUGUGCAGCUUUUUUGAGACGCCUUCUCAACAUAAAUUUAGGAUUCGGCAGUUUAAUAAUGAAAUAAAGAGCGUGAAUAUUGGACUUUAUUUAAGCAUUGGUACAUUUACUGCAAUUAUUAUUGUGUUUAUUGCGGCUUAUAUUGCUGAUGAGAUAACGGGAUCUGUUAUACAGGUGAUUUUAAGGCUAAGCUAUGUUGUUAUUUUGAUCUUUUAUUUGAUUUUGCUACUAAAAAUGUACCAAAACCCAAUGUUUCCUUGGGGAGUUAUGAUGGUCUACAUAUACAUAACAUUUGUCAACCUUUUGAAUUUCCACGAUAUUGAUACUGGUUUGAUUUAUAUAAAAGUUAUUCAGGUUAUGUACACAAAUAUUGUAGUCAGCCAUGUCAGCGGACUCCCAAUUGGGUAUAUAUUAACUGCUACUGUAGUAAAUUUUGUUGAUUGAUACUGCGUUGCCUUUAGUUCUGAGCAUUCAUUAGGAAGAAUGAUUGAAGGAACCUUUUUUAUUGUUGCAUUUUUCUUUUUAAACUGUAUAGCAAGUUGUGUAAGAGAAUAUCAAGCUAGAAAAUCUUAUGAUCUUAAUAAAUUCGCUGAGAGGGAAAUUAAAAACACAGAAAAGCUGUUAAAUCAAAUGAUCCCUCCCCAAGUUCUCAGAAAUCUCCAGAACGAUAUUACUACAACGGAUAGAUACACAGAUGUAACUAUAAUUUAUGCAGAUAUCUGCGGAUUUACCAGCUGGUCUUCAGAUAAAAAGCCAAUAGAAGUGGUCGGUAUGCUUUCCAAACUCUUUACUAAUUUUGAUCAUUUGUGUGUGAGGCAUAAUGUUUAUAAAGUUCAUACCAUUGGAGAUUGCUAUGUGAUAUUAAGUUUUACUGACAGUGAAAAAAGGAAUUUCAAAGAAGAAGCUGUUAAUAUGGUCGAAAUGGCUUUAGAUAUGGUUAAAGCUAUCAAAAGAGUUAAUAAAAGCAAAGGAAUCGGCUUGAACAUGAGAAUUGGGAUGCAUACAGGAGUGGUGGUUGCUGGAAUUACUGGCACAAAUAUUGUGAGAUAUGAUAUUUAUGGUCCUGAUAAUGAUAUUGCGAAUAAAAUGGAAAGCAAAGGAUGUCCUGGGAAGAUUAACGUUAGUCAAGUUUCUAAAGCAAUUUUGCAAGAAAUAGUGCCGAACCGAUUCGAAUAUCAGUUUAAUACUGUUGUAACUCAUGAUCCUACUCAGAGAUCACUAGACUCAUUCUUUUUAGUUCCAUUGCUUGAAAAAGAUAUCAUAGUUGAUGAAGAGUAA